AUGUCCUAUGCUAAUGGUGAAACUGGUGGACACCCAAGAAGGCAUCACUUGUCCAGGUGUGCCAGUUCUCAGGUGGGAAAACUCAGUGGCUCCCCAAAGGCUUCAAAUUGGCUAGAAAUGAGGACAACCUUCAACAAUAUGGAGUAUUCUACUGUGGCUCCUAAUCCGGAUUCACUGGUGAUGGAUGGAUCAAAGGUUCUUCCAGAUCCUGAAGAGGACAAUACACCGGAUUCUGCUUUCCAAACAAAUAGUGAAUCCAUAGGACGCAAAGAUGUUCAGCAAAAGUGUUCCUCUCCUAAAUGUUUUUAUGGCCCACGUUUAACAAAAACGAGCAUGCAAGGAGAUGUGUACAAUUUCCUGGAGAGGCCUACAGGAUGCAAAUGUUUCAUUUACCAUUUUACCGUAUUUCUGCUGGUGCUGGUUUGUUUAAUUUUCAGUGUUCUGUCUACUAUAGAACAUUAUGCAGAAUUUGCCACCGGAAUGCUUUUUUGGAUGGAAAUUGUCUUGGUGGUCUUUUUUGGUGCUGAAUAUGUGGUGAGGCUCUGGUCUGCAGGUUGCAGAAGCAAAUACGUUGGUAUCAAAGGAAGAAUACGUUUUGCCAGGAAACCGAUAUCGAUAAUAGAUCUCAUAGUUGUGAUAGCUUCAAUUAUUGUUCUCAGUGUGGGAUCGAAUGGACAAGUUUUUGCUACUUCUGCAAUAAGGGGAAUCCGGUUUCUACAGAUCCUUCGCAUGCUUCAUGUAGAUCGACAAGGCGGUACUUGGAGACUCCUGGGGUCUGUGGUAUUCAUACAUCGUCAGGAACUCAUAACUACCCUGUACAUUGGAUUCUUGGGCCUAAUCUUCUCAUCCUAUUUUGUCUAUCUUGCUGAGAAAGAUGCUGUGGAUGAAGAGGGACAAACUGGAUUCUCUAGCUAUGCUGAUGCGCUCUGGUGGGGAGUGGUGACAGUGACAACAAUUGGCUACGGGGAUAAAGUGCCACAGACAUGGAUUGGCAAGACAAUCGCCUCCUGUUUCUCGGUGUUUGCAAUCUCAUUCUUUGCUCUGCCUGCAGGAAUUCUGGGAUCAGGAUUCGCCCUUAAAGUCCAACAGAAACAGCGCCAGAAACAUUUCAACCGGCAGAUUCCUGCAGCAGCAUCUCUAAUUCAGACUUUGUGGAGAAGUUACGCAGCAGAGAAACCUCAGGGCUGCUUGGCCACCUGGAAGAUUUACUCAGCUCAGAACCCGAAGAAAACAGCAGCACCACCCAGCCCAAAUUUCCGAAAACAGAGUAAAAGAUAUAAGAGGAAAGGAAAACCUGGGCGUGAUAAUGGUUCGACAUCUAUCAAUCCAGGAGAUGCAGCCUUAUCCAUUCCUCAGAUUACGUAUGACUUCAUUGAUGAUCAAGAAGACAAGAAAGAAUUGAGUUUCUACCUUGAUGAACCUGGAGGUAAACUAUUGACUAUCUCUUUUUGGCUUGUGUGUUCUGCUACUUGCCCUGCCACUCCCACCAAGCCACUCAAGAAACAUCUGGAAGGCAACGGUGGUGGGAUGUCGAGAGCCAGCAGCUUCACUGAAGAUGUGGACCUGACAGCUGAAGAGAUUCUUCUGCCUCCUGUAACAGAUGUCUCACAGUUAACAGAAACCCAUCGUGCGGCUGUCAAGGUCAUAAGGAGGAUGCAGUAUUUUGUAGCUCGAAGGAAAUUUCAGCAAGCUCGGAAGCCUUACGACGUCCGUGACGUCAUUGAACAAUACUCUCAAGGGCACCUCAAUAUGAUGGUUAGGAUAAAAGAACUCCAAAGAAGGCUGGACCACUCCCUCGGAAAGCCCGGCCUGUUUCUUCCAGAAAAGGGGGUAGACAAAGGCUACUACACAAUGGGAGCCAGACUGAUUAGACUGGAGGAUAAGGUCACCCAGAUUGACCAAAAAUUACAUGACAUCUUGGAUACUCUUCAGAUCCAGCUUGGGAAGCGAUCACCGGUUCCGGCUUCAUCUUCAUCUAAGUGACUGCAGAUCAUAUUAGCUUCUGAACCAGAAGAUGUAAACUCAUCUGAACCAUCUUUGCUUCCUUUUCCCAUUUCAUACGUUACCAGAGUUGAUGAUGAGUUCCAAACGGCGCCAUGAGGACCACUGGGAUGAAACCGGUCCCCGCCUACCAUUCUGUUUAAGCCAUGUUCCUUUCUUACAUUCGCUUCAUGCAUCGUGAGAUAGAAUCAACCUGUUGGAGAAGUCUUACAGGAAUUAAUAAAUUGCCAGGAAGAGCAAAGGAUUUCUCCUGGCUGCAGUAGUGGGCUGCAACCGGUUUAACAACUAGUUUGGCUAGCGCCUGCCCACAACAUUCAAAAACCUCCCAUUUUAAGCUUAAAAACUUACCUUCUAUGUCAGCGCUGGUGAG